AUGGUUUUCUGCACAUAUUGUGGUCACUCGUUCACCAGGGACGAACAUCUCGAAAGACAUAUUCUCACCCACACAAACGUUAAGCCUUUCAAGUGUUUCACCUGCCACAUGUCAUUCGCCAGACGCGAUCUCCUUCAAAGACAUUACACAGUCCAUGGCCGGGACCAAAACCAAGAGAUCAUCCCUGCUGCCAACGGCAUGAUCCCCAAGUCAGCCGGCAGAACACCGAUUGCAUGCAGCAACUGUGCCAAAACGAAGACGAAGUGCGACAAGAAGUUCCCUUGCAGUCGCUGUGCGGGACGUAACCUUCGUUGCACUCUCCGUCCUACUCGUCGCUCAUCCAAGAAUGCAAACCGCAUGGGCUUGAUCACAGCCGAGACCAUUGCCAGUGGUGUUGCCAAUGGUAUCCUUCCUCCAGACCAGACUGUCGCUGCUGAGGCCGCCCCCAUGCCUGUUGGCUCUCCAAAGUCGGCCGAGAAACACAUGCACCAAAAGCCUUCGAGUCCAGGCUCUGGCGUCCCUACAACCAUUCCCGAGGAGAAGAUUAUGAAAGAUACCUCUGCUCAAUACUUCGAGCAACCAAUGUCUAAUGGCCACACGUCUCCUGCUCAACAGAUUUCACCUCUGGCUACUCCUGACUCAGGAUUCAUCCAAGGACACAUGCCUACUUACGAGGACUUUAUGAACGGUACCAAAGAAGACGAUGCCAACCCUCGCUUCAUGCUUGACUGGGGCCAAAUGCCUAUGCCUAUGGGCUUCGAUCAUAUGGCUCGUGCAGACUUGAUGCUUGACCCCAGCAUGGGCUUCGACCCGACUCAGUUGUCACUGAUGCCACCUACUGAGAACACCCUUACCAUCAUUCCCGAGAUGGCCAGUGCCGGUGCCCCCUUGAUCACUCCUAUUGAGACACCAAAGGUCGAGCGAUCAUUCGCCGAAAUGGAUCUUGGUAACUCAAACAACAUGUUCUAUGCUCAUGCCAGACAUAUGUCGACGGCGUCAAUGAUCUCAAACGAUGGGCAGGACAUUAGAGCUGUCAUCGCUGCUCAGGACGGAUGGAACGUAUUCAGAUGUACACCCACCAUCCCCUCAAGCUCGUGUCCAACCACCGCCAAGAUCAACCUCGAAUGUCUGGAGCAGACACUCAAGAACCACGAGGGAUGGAGCACAUGGACUCCCACCUGGGACGAAGCCGACUUCGCUGGUGGUGAGAACCUGGCUGUCAUGCAACUUCAUGAAAGCACGCGUGACAAGCUCCUCGCCAUCACCCAGACCUUUCUCCACAAGGCUCUCGAAACUCACAAGGAAGGUCAACAAGGUGGUCAGUCUCCGAUGUCAAACGGUGGCUCAAACUUCGUUCUUCUGCCCCCAGCCAGAGUCCUCGAGUACUUUCUUCGAUCCUACGCCAAUGGCUUCGAGAGAUAUUAUUCGUUGACGUCUCGAGGCAUUCUCGAUGCCAAUGAGUUGAUGCAUUGUUACAACGACAAGGCCUCUAGCCUGUUGGUUCUGAUGAUGAUCGCCCAAGGAUCAAUGAACAUCAGCUCUACUGAGGCCAGAUGGCUUGCCGGCGGUCUCACCGAAGCUUGCCGCAUCUCGCUCUUUGAUCUUAUCGAGCGUAACAUCACGAUGGCUGGCGAUCCAAUUGCUCUACACUCUGCUCUCCUCUUCACUUCUCAGGCGGCUUGGAGUGGAGACAAGUGGCAGAUGGAUAUCGCCAUGGGACAGCGAAGCAUGUACUUCCACAUGCUGCGACACUCUGGUGUUUUGGACGGCAGAUCAUUCUCUUCACCUCACAUCGACCAUCAAGGCAAUGCCGACUCUCUGUGGACCGAAUGGAUCCAGCAUGAGAGCCGCAGCAGACUUGUCUACUCCUGGGUCAUGAUUGAUCAGGAUCUUGCACUCUUUCAUGAUACCGCCCCGCUAUUCUCUGUGACUGAGUUCGGUGCUCCAAUGCCUGACUCUGACCGCUUGUGGCAGGCUAAGAGCGCUCCUGAAUGGUCACAGAUCUUCGAGCAGGUACAUGAGUUCUCCGGUGGCUACUCCUCCCUCGGCUCGGGUGCCCGCCCCAUGUCCCUGCACGAUCUAUUCCGUCACUUCUUAGAUGACGAGAUGGCUUCGCUUGGCAUCGGAAUGACGCCUCUUCAGAUGAGGUUACUAUUACACCCUCUUCAGUCUAUGGUCUGUCACUACGGUCAGCUUAUGAGCUGUUUCUCCGAUUCGCUCUCCUCACGCAACAAGACACGCACUGUCACUGCAUCAUCGACUAGAUGCCGUCUAGAAGAAGUCCAGUCGCUGCUUCAACGCUGGUACGAUAUGGCCGACCGCUAUCUUAAGGUCAACCCUAUCUGUGCUGUCAUGCAAGCCAACCUUGUCAUAUUCCAUCUCAUCAGCCUCAAUGCAGUGACCAACUUUUCGGAGAUCGAGCGUCUGGCCCGCCGUGAAGGUUUCGACGGCACCUACCAGCAGUUGGUCUGGACCCACAAGCGAUGUAUCGCCGAUGUUGAGGAAGCCGUCUUCCACUGUGGUCAAGUUCUACGCAUCAUCCGUUCUAUGCCCCGCGGCGUGCGUCCUCCAUGGUGGGCCGGCGCAAUCUACCGCGCGGCUCUUGUGUUGUGGACUGACAGUCUCAUCAACAAGGAGACCCCUGCAGCAAACGCUUCUGGAGGCUUCCCCUCGCCGGGACCUACCUUUGCAAUUGAUGCUUUGCCAGUUGAUCAUCCUAUGGUCGUUCGCUUCUUGAGCAAGCGUGUAGGUCAACCUGCUCUCAGCAAGAGGGACGGUACUCACAUUCCAAUGGACCAUGGUGUCACUGUCCUUGCUCACUGUAUUGAGAUCAUGGACGAAGGCACUUCCAACAGGUUUGUUGAUGGUGUCCGCAACAAACUUGAUCGUUUGAUGAGAAGCUAA